CGAGCUCGGUCUCUGAACGAAUUGAACUCGUAAGUCAAGGCCCCACUGUACUGAGAUUUCCAUUUUAUGCACGGAGAACAUGUGGUUUAGAGCAGGGGUAGGAGAAAUGGGUGAACUUUUCUUUAAUUAAAAUAAAUUGAAUAUAAAAUAAACAACUAAUUAAAUUCUGCUCUCUCCUACCUCCCAUGCCCAGGUAUUUGUGGGGGCAGGGGAAGGAGGAGGAGGAUAGGAGCUGAAAGGUUCAGUUCAUAGCCAAGGGCACAUAUUUCCACCACUUCCUUAGAAUUCCGGCCAGUGGCGGGAGGUGGUGGUGGUGGUGGAGAAUUCUGGCCAGUGACUGAAGCUUGUUUCCUUGUGUGUUAGGACAUGAGCAGGGCCGGGAGUGUGUGCAGUAGGUGCUCUGUACGCAUUUUGUUUUAAUGAAACCAGACAACCAAGGUGUCCAGGCUGCCUGUCACUACUUGAGCCAGUUCAGCAGAGACAGGGUUGAAUCACAUAUGAACGUUUAUUCCAAUAACGCCAACGACAUGGGAGAGCAGCAGGCCACGCACAAACAUCUGCUCUGCAACCCACCCCCCUCCCGCCUGACGGAGGAUGAGGACGUGCGCGCCAUGCUUCGAGGCUCCCGCCUCUGCAAGAUCCGCUCGCGGACGUGGCAGAAGGAGCGGCUGUACCGGCUGCAGGAGGACGCCUGUCAGUCACCUGCCAGUGGGGGGUGGUGCCCAGCCUGUUGCUGGUAUUUCCUGAGCACCCACACCUGGAUCCACUCCUAUCUGCACCGGGCGGACUCCAACCAGGACAGUAAGAUGAGCUUCAAGGAGAUCAAGAGCCUGCUCAGAAUGGUCAACGUGGACAUGAAUGACAUGUACGCCUACCGCCUCUUCAAGGAGUGUGACCACUCCGACAACGAGCGGCUGGAGGGGUCUGAGAUUGAGGAGUUUCUGCGGCGCCUGCUGAAACGCCCGGAGCUGGAGGAGAUCUUCCAUCGGUACUCGGGCGAGGACCGCGUGCUGAGCGCCCCCGAGCUGCUGGAGUUCCUGGAGGACCAGGGCGAGGACGGCGCCACGCUGGCCCACGCCCAGCAGCUCAUCCAGACCUAUGAGCUCAAUGAGACAGCCAAGCAGCACGAGCUGAUGACACUGGAUGGCUUCAUGAUGUACCUGUUGUCACCAGAGGGGGACGCCCUGAACCCCGCCCACACGUGCAUGUUCCAGGACAUGGACCAGCCCCUCGCCCACUACUUUAUCUCCUCCUCCCACAAUACCUACCUGACCGACUCCCAGAUUGGGGGCCUCAGCAGCACUGAGGCCUACGUUAGAGCCUUCGCCCAGGGAUGCCGCUGUGUGGAGCUGGACUGCUGGGAGGGGCCAGGAGGGGAGCCAGUCAUCUACCAUGGCCACACGCUCACCUCCAAGAUCCUUUUCCGAGAUGUGGUCCAGGCCGUCCGUGACCACGCCUUCACGCUGUCCCCAUACCCUGUCAUCCUCUCCCUGGAGAACCACUGUGGGUUGGAACAGCAGGCUGUCAUGGCCUGCCACCUCCGCACCAUCCUGGGGGACAUGCUGGUGACACAGGCACUGGACUCCCAGAACCCUGAGGAGCUGCCAUCCCCAGAGCAGCUGAAGGGCCGGGUCCUGGUGAAGGGCAAGAAGCUGCCAGCUGCUCGGAACGAGGAUGGUCGAAUCUUGUCGGACCGGGAGGAGGAGGAGGAAGAGGAGGAGGAAGAAGAGAGGGUGGAGGCUGCAGAGCAGAAGCGGCAGGCCAAGCAGAUCUCCCCGGAACUGUCGGCCCUGGCCGUGUACUGCUGUGCCACGCGCCUUCGGACCCUGCGCCCUGCCCCCGUCCCACCCCAGCCCUACCAGGUCAGCUCCCUCAGCGAGCGCAAGGCCAAGAAGCUCAUUCGAGAGGCAGGGAACAGCUUUGUCAGGCACAAUACCCGGCAACUGACCCGUGUCUACCCAUCGGGGCUUCGGAUGAACUCGGCCAACUAUAGCCCCCAGGAGAUGUGGAACUCAGGCUGUCAGCUGGUGGCCCUGAACUUCCAGACGCCAGGCUACGAGAUGGACCUCAAUGCGGGGCGCUUCCUCGUCAACGGGCAGUGCGGCUACGUCCUGAAACCUGCCUGCCUGCGGCAGCCUGACACAAACUUUGACCCUGAGAGCCCUGGACCCCCCAGAACUACUCUCACCAUCCAGGUGCUGACUGCACAGCAGCUGCCCAAGCUGAAUGCUGAGAAGCCGAGCUCCAUUGUGGACCCCCUGGUGCGUGUCGAGAUCUACGGGGUGCCCAUGGACUGUGCUCGAAAGGAGACCGACUACGUGCUUAACAAUGGCUUCAACCCCCACUGGGGGCAGACCCUGCAGUUCCAGCUGCGGGCUCCAGAGCUGGUGCUGGUCCGGUUUGUGGUAGAAGAUUAUGACACCACGUCCCCCAAUGACUUUGUGGGCCAGUUUACACUGCCUCUCAACAGCCUGAAGCAAGGGUACCGCCACAUCCACCUGCUUUCCAAGGACGGGGCCUCACUGUCACCAGCCACGAUCUUCGUCCAUAUCCGAGUCCAGCACUCCCGAGGGCCCGACUGACCCCCUGCGGACACAGCUGCGAGCGGCGGUGAGGCCUCCUCUCAGUGGAGGGCAGUGGUGUACCCGGCCAGCCUGGUGCUGAGGCUGCCUCAGUGCCGCCUAAAGAACAGGGGGGUUAUCUCUUCCCUGCAUCUGAGAUGGCCGAGGACUCAAGGAGCCGGGCCACCUUUCAUUGUGAUUUAUCAAGAGCCAGGCCUGCUACUGCCAGGAGACCUGGGGAGCAGGACAUACGAACCCUCAGCCCCUCUGCCCCUGAGAGGAGUCCAGCCACGGCCUCACCCCACCCAGGUAUUGGCCACCCCCUAAGACUCCCUCCUCAGGUUUUCCUGGGCUCUUCUCUCCGGCUUUUGAACCUGAGCUCCCUUCCCUUGUUAAAGCAAGAAGGGAGAGCUGAGGUUGGGAGCCCUGGGGACUGAGAAGUAGGUUUUUAGCUCGUUUCAUAGAAGAGCCCUGAGAGGGCAGUAGAACAAGACUGUUUUAAAAUAUACAGCAGCAAGCUUCCUUUA